AUGGACAUCAACACUGCUUUACAAGAGCUGCUGAAGACCAUCCUCAUCCACAGUAGCCUAGCAUGUGGCAUUCAUGAAGCUGCCAAAGCCUUACAUAAAUGCCAAUCCCAUUUUUGUGUGCUUGCAUCCAACUGUGAUGAACCUAUGUUUGUAAAGUUAGUGGAGGCCCUUUGUGCUGAACACCAAAUCAAACUAAUUAAGGUUGAUGACAAGAAACUAGGGGAAUGGGUAGGCCUCUGUAAAACUGACCAAAAAGGAAAACACUGCAAAGUAGUUGGUUACAGUUGCAUGGUAGAUAAAGACUACGUACAGCAAAGAAUCUGA